UCUAUAGCUGCCCUGGUAACUAAAAGCGAAAAAAUAAACAACGCCGUCUUUCGCUGUAUCGCCGCCUUACUGUCAUUACGUUUUAUUAUUAUUGAUUAAUCAACAAUGGGUGAACGCUACAAUAUCCACAGUCAGUUGGAGCAUUUGCAAAGUAAAUACAUUGGAACUGGACAUGCAGAUACCACCAAAUACGAAUGGUUAACCAAUCAACACCGGGAUUCUCUUGCCAGCUAUAUGGGUCACUAUGACAUCCUCAACUACUUCGCCAUAGCAGAGAAUGAAUCGAAGGCUCGAGUACGUUUUAAUUUAAUGGAACGCAUGCUUCAACCGUGCGGACCGCCGCCAGAAAAACUAGAAGAUUAAGAAAUAAAAAAUAUGUAAAAAUAAAAACAAUUUAUCAGGGAUGAAGACACAUAGUUGGCUAUCAGUGGGCAGUAUCGAUAAAAGAAUCAUAGACGAUAGCAGGGAGAGUUUAUCGGCAGUGGACAGGGCCAACUAAGAUCGAGCUUUUUGCACUCUCUAGAAUAAAUUUAUUUUUCGUUUUAUUCAUAUAUGCAGUGGCACGGUUAAUUCAAAUAGUAAGAUAAAACACGAUAAAUAUACAGUUUCUUGUAAAUACAAUCCAAUGUUUGGUCCGACAAAUCCAAUAAAUAUAAUAAACCAAAAUUGCCAAAACAAAAACACCAGCAAUGCAGCAUCAUUGCUUCGCGAAAUGAGAAGACAAUGGGAAUUUGCGGUGAACAAAAGAUUUAAGUGUGAUCUUUAACUGCGUAUUAUCAUAUACGUAUAAACAAUAAUGUGAAUAUAUUUAGAUUGAUGAAUGUACUAGAAUGCGCGCCAAUAAAUAAACAUGCAGAUGAAAACGCAAAAAA